AUGUCGCAACUUUUCAAUCUCGCUACCCCGCUGUUGCUCUUGGCGCUCUGUGUAUAUGCCACGACAUCCUUAACAGCCCAUCGAAGACUGGCUUCCGAAGGCACCCAAAAGCUGAUCCAUGCUAUCGAAAAGUUAUCGAAAAAUUUUCAUCAUAAAGUUGUCCAUGAUGGUUAUGCAAAGAAAUAUUUGAAGAAGUUGAACAUAAGUGUCGCAGCAGCAAAUCAACUAGUCAGAAAAAAUAAUCUUACCGCGCUCCUAUAUGGCUCAGAAGGCCCGCACGAUCCUGUCAAUGCGCUCGACGACUGGGGACAUACUCUUGAAAAAUUCAUAAUGGCCAAUAGAAGAUUAACCGCAUUUGGAUGCCACGGUCAUCACCACAAAGGUACCAAGUGGUUCGAAUACGCGUGCGUAUUCGACGCAUUAUAA